AUGUCUGGAAAGAAGGCAGCUGAGAAAGCUGGACAAGCCAAGGGAACAGAAGCUGAAGAUAUCGUUGAAGCCUAUUUGGUUGAACAGUACCGCCCAUUCGCUGUCAACGAUAUUGUACAAAAUUUGCAUAACUGUAUGACCAAAACUAACGCUGUGAAAGCGUUAGAAAGUCUGGUCAAACAAAACCGUAUAACUUGCAAGAUGUUUGGAAAGAUUGCGAUUUAUGUUUGCAAUGAGCAGGUUCUGGUGAACCAGGAAGAGGGAUGCUGGGAGGAAGUUUCAUUCGAAGCCCUGAUGCAGCUACGAGAAGAGCUUAUUCGAAUUGAGAAAGAUAAAAAUGAGGGAGUGGCACAGUUGCAGAUGAUUUUGAAAGCACCCUCCAAUGCCGAAAUAUCUGAACUCAUGGAGGCCAGAAAACAAGAGAUACAUGAAAUAGAACUUGGUCUUCGGGAUUUGCAGCUCCAUUGGAAGCCGGAGUACGCACAAACCGUCAAUCGCAUCAAAGAAUACGAGAAGAAGAUCGGCAAAGAAAUAAGUGCACGAAAGAAAAUGUGGACAUCAGCUCUGACGCUUAUCGAAGAAGCGCUAGCGGUCAAAAACCUAGAUGAGUUUCUCGAAGACAUUGGAGUUGAAAAAGUGGACUGA